AUGCCUUUGCUGUUGGGUCCUUCGAUGAUGAACAUGCAGCAGAUGAUGGCCAAGGCUGGAGGGGCCGCGCCUCAGCAGGGCAUGAACCCGAUGGCCGCCAUGAUGGGCAUGGCAAACAUGGGUGGAGGCGGGCCUGCACCACCAGCCGCGGAGAAGGAUUAUUUCAACAUUGAGGAGCGCUGGGUGGUUCGCUUGAACGAGGCCAUGAAGAAGCGACAGGACACCAAAGCUCAGGACAUCGAGAAGCUAUAUGAGGAGAAGGCUCGGAGUCCGACGGGACUCCUUACCGUGCAAAUCGGGAAGAUGGAGUGCGGGCAGUUCGUUGGCAAGGUCAAGCCGGACAAGGACGUGGAGCGGAUUGCAAGAAAGUUCAAGCUUGAUGACCACGUGAGUUCAAAGAUCACGGAACUGAAGGUUUGGCGCAAGCGCAACGGCGAAGAAGAGCGAGCGAUGAAGGACUUGGAGCGGAUAGAGUACCACUUGCGCUUUGCCAAAAGACCAAAUGCGCUCUGCACGCUCCUAGUUGGUAAGCUGCUCGAGGGUGAGGUCGACGAGCUGCCAGAUCUCACCAAUGCAGAGAAGAUCAUGACAGACUUCAAGCUGGACGAGGAUGCCUGCUCUAAGAUGCGAGAGAUCAUCGAGAAGCGCUCUGCGGACGAAGAGCGCGUGCUCACCUGCGUUCGGAAGCAGCUCAAAUCAGCAAGCAAUGCAUCGUCAAUGUUGUGCAAAAUUGCCCGCACACUCAUUGAUGGCGGUGACUUACCGGAUCCGCCAGAGCGACCGCCAAAGGGUAAAGGUGGGGGCAAAGACGGUGGCAAAGAAGACGGCGAACGUGGAGAGCGCAGAGACCGCGACGGUGGGGACCGCCAUCAUGAUCGUGACCGUCGGCGUGACCGCAGCCGCAGCCGUGAUCGUCGAGACCGGCGCGACAGCCGCGGCCGUUAG